AUGUCUUCUACUCUCCUCAGAACCGCCCCCGUCCUCCGCACCGCUCUGCGAGCCGGUGCCGGUGCCGCAAAGCCUGCUGCUGCCAUGGCCAGCACGAGCUUUGUCCGCGGCAAGGCUACUCUGCCAGACAUCUCUUACGACUACGGCGCCCUCGAGCCCUACAUCUCGGCCCAGAUCAUGGAGCUCCACCACUCCAAGCACCACCAGACCUACGUUAACGGCCUCAACACCGCUCUCGAGACUGUCGAGGACGCUAAGGCCAAGGGCGAUUUCACCAAGGCUGCCGCUCAGGCUCCUCUGAUCAACUUCCAUGGUGGUGGCCACGUCAACCACUCCCUCUUCUGGGAGAACCUGGCCCCCGCCAGCAGAGACGGUGGUGGUGAGCCCGACGGUAACCUGGCUCAAGCCAUCAAGAAGGACUUCGGCUCCUUCGACACCCUGCGCAAGCAGAUCAACACCUCCCUGGCCGGCAUCCAGGGCAGCGGCUGGGCCUGGCUGGUCAAGGACAAGACCAGCGGCACCCUCGGCGUCGUCACCCGCGCGAACCAGGACCCCGUCACCGGCAACCUCGAGCCCCUGCUGGGCAUCGACGCCUGGGAGCACGCCUACUACCUGCAGUACCAGAACCGCAAGGCCGAGUACUUCGACGCCAUCUGGAACGUUGUCAACUGGAAGACUGUUGCCAAGCGCUUUGAGAAAUAG